AUGGUAACAAAGUUCUACCAGCAUGCACUUGCCCUGGCCUUUGCUGUGAAGGAGAUCAAUGAGGACCCCCAGAUCUUGCCCAACGUUACUCUUGGGUUCCACAUCUAUGACAGCUACUACGAUGCAAGGAUGACCUAUCGGACCACACUGGACUUACUUUUCAAAUCAACUGGCUUUCUCCCCAACUACAAAUGUGCCAAACAGAGGAACCUGAUAGCCAUCCUUGGAGGACUUGGUUCUGAUACCUCUUUUUAUAUGGCAGACAUCCUGAGUCUCUACAAGAUUCCACAGCUCCACCCAUAUCUUGUUAGGAUUUCUUUCAACAAUUCGGCUGGUGAGACAGUGUCCUUCAAUGAGCAAAGGGAAAAGAGAGGUGGAUUUGACAUUGUGAACAUGGUCAGCUUUCCAAACAGGUCCUUUGAGAGGGUGAAAAUUGGAUGGCUAGAUCUAGAUGCACCCCAUGGAGAAGAAUUCACAAUUAGUGAGAAUAUGAUUUUGUGGCACACAGCUUUCAAUCAGGUCUGUCCCCUUUCAGUAUGUAAUGAAUGGUGCCGUCCUGGAAACCUAAAGGAAAAGAGGGAAGGAGUGAAAUUUUGCUGCUAUGACUGUGUUCCCUGCCCAGAAGGGGAGAUUUCAAACAAGACAGACAUGGAAAAUUGUUUCAAAUGCCCAGAAGAUCAAUAUCCUACCAAAGAAAAAGAUGACUGCAUCUACAAAAUUGUAAUAUAUCUUUCUUACAAGGACCUUCUAGGGAUUUCUUUAGCCUCCACUUCUGUUUCACUAGCUUUGACCACUGCUCUCGUAUUAGGAAUAUUUCUUAAGCACAAGGAUACCCCUCUGGUCAAAGCCAACAACCGGGACCUCACCUACAUUCUCCUUAUCACCCUCCUCUUCUGCUUCCUGUGUCCUCUCCUGUUCCUUGGCCAACCCAAUGAACUGACCUGCCUUCUCCGACAACCGGCCUUUGGCAUCAUCUUCUCCAUGGCUGUUUCUUGUAUCUUGGCCAAAACCUUCACUGUGGUUGUAGCUUUCAUGGCUACCAGGCCAGCCUCCAACAUGAAGAAGUGGGUGGGGAAAAGGACGGCAACCUCCAUUGUUCUUUUCUGCAUCCUCAUUCAAGUAGGCCUUUGUGCCAUCUGGUUAGGAACUUUCCCUCCAUUCCCACAGUUGAACAUGCAUUCCAUGACUGAGGCCAUCAUCAAGGAAUGUAAUGAAGGCUCUCCAGUCAUGUUCUCUUGUGUCCUAGGCUACAUGGGCUUCCUGGCCCUUGCCAGCUUCUUGGUGGCCUUCUUUGCUCGCAGAUUACCAGACAGCUUCAAUGAAGCCAAAUUCAUCACCUUUAGCAUGCUGGUAUUUUGCAGUGUUUGGGUGCUGUUCGUUCCAACGUACCUGAGCUCCACAGGAAAAUCCUUAGCGGCUGUGGAGAUUUUCUCCAUCUUAGCUUCCAGUGUUGGAUUACUGGGAUGUAUCUUUUUCCCUAAAUGCUACAUCAUUAUGUUGAGACCUGAGCUGAAUAUCAAGGAGCAGCUAAUAAGAAGAAAGAGUUAA